AUGCUCAGUCUGAAAUCCACUAACGCCAUCCUCCGACCCUUAGUCAAUGUCAACGUCGUCGGUACGCCUACGUCCGGCUUCUACGGCGACUGGGGCUUCCUGUCCACCCACCCCAGCAACAUCCGGCUCUUCAAGGGGCCCCGAAGCACCUGCCAGGAUCACCCCUGGGACGCAAUGAUCCUGCGGGACUGCAUCGCCUCUAGUGACAACCUGUGGAAGAUUGAGCGAGUCGGAUCCCGCAAGUGGGAUAUCCUGGCCAUGAAGAUGUGCGAGGAUCACGACUUCCCGUGGAUUGUCAUGGCCAUUACUGACGCCGGCGAGAACCCCGAGGAUCUCGGCAAGUGCACCUUGGGCGUGGGGGUCUGCCCGAUCCACAGCCGUAAUGAUGGAGACGGCGAUGAGACUGCGCAGGACAAGGGCGCUGCACGGGGGAGCGCAGGCAAGGAGGAAUUGGAGCGCAGACACAUCAAGGCCAAGAACGCAAGCGUUGAGACGGACGGGACCGCAGCAAAGACGCACACGGCCGAUUCCAAAAAUGCUUGA